GUUUCCCCCUAGCGUGGUGCUCCUGUUAGUUCCAGACCUCGGGCUCGCAGUUCUUGCACGCCGCGGGGCUGUUGGGUUAGCGUUUGUGCAGACGCUCAUCUCCUUUCUCUUGCAGUCUGAAAUAGCUGUCUCAGGUAACGAGCUGGCUCUAAAUGUGAUUCCUGUGGGCUGGCUGCUGUGAGCCUUAUUCACGCAACCAUGACCACAGUGUCUGAAGGAAGUGUUGAAUUAUGAGACCUGGUAAUUUGCUGCCUACGUCUGUGGUCCAGGACUCUCUUACACUGAACAAAAAGAAGAGAGGAAAAUGACCAAUGCUUGUCCAGAAGUAUGUCCUCCUGGUACCAUUUGCUUUCCUCAUGGUUUAUUGGAACAAGAAUGAGCUGCCUUUUUUACAAGGGGAUGAAUUUUUUAACCAAAUUGUAUCACCUGUCAAGAGUUUUCAUGUGAUUCUUGGAUACCUGCUACAGAGUCUUCACUAUCAGUUAUUCAGUCCUGUUUUCUUCUCCCUUCAGCAGUUUCUUUUUUGAACAGCAAACGGAGGGAACUGCUCGCAUUGCUGCUGCUGCUGCUGCUCCAGCUGCGCGUGUGUGUGUGUAAACAGGAUGGUGUAUCUGUAGCUGCCACGCGCAAACACACAUUUGACCAUGAGGACUCUUCGCAGGUUGAAGUUCAUGAGUUCGCCCAGCCUCAGUGAUCUGGGCAAGAGAGAGCAGGCAGCCUUGGAUGAGCGGGGGACCCAGCAGCGACGGGCCUGCUCCAACGCUACCUGGAACAGUAUCCACAAUGGAGUAAUAGCCGUGUUCCAGCGUAAGGGUCUCCCCGAUCAUGAACUUUACAACCUCAAUGAAGGAGUCAGGCAGUUAUUGAAAACAGAACUGGGAUCCUUCUUCACCGAGUAUUUACAGAAUCAACUGCUCACAAAAGGCAUGGUGAUCCUAAGAGACAAGAUCCGGUUUUAUGAAGGGCAGAAGCUGCUGGAUACCUUAGCUGAAACCUGGGAUUUUUUCUUCAGUGAUGUCCUGCCCAUGCUCCAGGCUAUUUUCUAUCCUGUGCAGGGAAAGGAACCCUCAGUUCGGCAGCUGGCUCUUCUGCACUUUAGGAAUAUAAUUACCCUCAAUAUUAAACUAGAAGAUGCAUUAUCACGUUCCAGAGCAAGAGUUCCACCUUCUAUUAUUCAAAUGCUGCUAAUACUCCAGGGGGUUCACGAGUCAAAAGGUGUGACUGAAGAUUAUUUGAAACUGGAAUCUCUGAUCCAGAAAGUGGUUUCACCUUAUUUGGGCACCUAUGGUCUGUAUUCCAGUGACGGACCCUUCACACACUCUUCCUGUAUCCUGGAGAAGCGGUUCUUCAGGCGUUCCAAGUCAGGUGACAUCCUCGCCAAGAACCCCGUGGUGCGAUCGAAAAGCUACAAUAAUCCGCUGCUGACACCAGUAGCUGAGUAUGAAACAGAGGGUAUGGCUGCCAACGGGACAAGCGUCCGAAGACACUCUGUUUCAGAAAUGACUUCCUGCCUGGAGCUCCAGGGCUACUCCAACCUCACCACCAUCAUGGACAACGGUUCUAAGAGCUCCAUGACGGCCACAAAGAACUUGCUGUCCGACCAGGAGCGGUCCAGUGCUGGGUCAGCGCAGUGCUCUGGCAAGCUCAGCGCAAUGGAGCAACAGAAAGGACACUUCCACUCAAUGGACGACCCACGUAGGUCUUUUGAGCUGGACAGGGACCCUUCCUUGAUUCCUGUUCCUUCUUCUAGCCCCGAGAACAUGGUGGACCAGAUUUUAGAGUCCAUUGACUCUGAUUCUGAAGGCAUUUUCAUUGAUUUUGGCCGAGGCUGUUCCAAAUCAUCAGCGUACAAUGUGGACGUGAACAGACAGAGCGUCUUGUGAAGGACAGCAGGACCCGAGCCUUGGGUUUUAAUAUUAUACAAGAAAGCUACUAAUGUGUUGAGUCAGACCAUGGGCAUGUGUCUAGGGCACAACCUCAGCUGUGUUGAGGUAUGAAAACACAACAGUUUACAACAGGCAGGAAUCAGCUGCCUGGAGGGAGCAACCCUGAUGUUGCCUCCCAGUCCCCAUCCUCUGCAUUCUGAUUUCUGUCUUUCUGAACUUAGGGAUUCACAAACAAGCAGGUAUCUGGUAAAACGCACUUGUUCCAACUGGCAGUGUCGAUUCAGUCAUGCCGCCUGGUAAAUGACUCAAGAGACUCCUGUAGAAGGGCAGGUUGUUCUCUGGACGGUGACAUGUCAGCUGGAGCACAGAAAAUUAUCCUUUUACAGAGAAAAACAGAGGCUGUGGUCCUUCAUACCACAGAACACAACGAUAAGGAAGUCUCUUUUAAUCUUUUCUUGUACAUCUUGUAUGCACUCCUUUGCCCAAGGGUGAGCUAAGGGUUCUUGAAGAAAGGCAAAUAAAUGGAAACGUGCUACCUGGUGUCAUGCAA